CGAUAUGGGGUGCGAGAGUGAAUCUGCUAGGACUCGGUGCAGGUGUUGGUGAGGUCUGGUACAGAAAUUAUUGAAGCAUCGGGUGGCCGCUGUCGAGAGAAUCGCCAACAGAUACAGAGAAUCGUGUGAGCCGUGUGGAAGUAACUGCGGAAAAAUUUAAGCGAAAAUCUCACUUUUUUGUUAUUAUUAUAUCAUCGUUACAAAUCAAACAGCGUAAUAAGGCGGAGAAAACAUAUUGUGCGGGUGCAAGUGCUUCGACUAGUUCCAAGGCAUUCAACGAUGCAGCUCUGGCAAGGAAAAAGGCGGAACAUCAUGCAAACUUUGUCCCAGCAGCAAGAAUGACGGCUUGAGUUUGCGACAAUGGUGAACAUUAGCGGGAGUAAUGACGCGAUAAAUAGAUGUAAUCAGACACGAAAAUAUAGUGUAUACAUACAAGAGAGAUAAUCGGCAAGGUGUUUCACACGGAGAAACAGCAGCAGAAGCUGCCGGGAAAAAAAUGUCGACUAAAAUGGCCGUCGAUCAAAGUUCGGCACGAGAGUAGAGUAUCUUAUGGAGAAGAGCUCGUGUAAACAGUGACAGCGUGAAAAAAUAAGCUGUUUAUCCAGGACAUUCUCCACCAUCAUAAGGAAAGUCACAAUCGAAUUUUCGUUGAUGCGUAGAUUGCGGAAACACACAGACAAAUAUAUACACACACACAAACACAUACGUGAAAAACAACAAACAACCACAACGGGGCGAAACAGUCAAGUAAUCGAUAAUCAAUAAGCGGAGACUCCGUAGUCGAAAAAACUUACGCGAGAGCAACCAAAAUACGCACUUAGAAUAAUCUCACACCCCAGGCGGUUCGAUGGCUCUGUCAUACCGAAGGGGUUCGUCGACAUCUGCGCUACUGUAGUCAGAAGCGAUGCUGUCGAAUGUUUACAACCAACAGCGUCAAUCGUGUCUCGAACCGUUCCGAUACAGUCGACCCGUCAAUUGUACAGCAGUUAGAAAACCAGAACGUCCCGGCAGCAGUCAUUCAAUUCUACUAGUAACGUAGUGUGCUGUGGUGAAUACGUUGCACGAAAUCGACAUCACACACCGGUCCUUAUCAGUACGUCUCGUCGCAAAGGGGUGACUUUUGGUGUCAGAAAGCAAAUCCACAAGCACCCCUCGUAGGUCGUCCAGCGGAAUUACGUGUAGUGAAAAUAGCGACCGUUUCCGUCGUCUGCAGCACUGAAACGGCCGAAAAAUUGUUCACCGAAUGAGCAGAAUCUGUUAUCUCGAAGUAUUGUGCAAACUCACCCGUUGAUUGCUGUGUCGAAAAAAAAAGUUUCAAUCUGUUACAUACGCAGGCAGGUUUAAUCAUAUCGAUUGUUUUGCUUCGUAACAGGGUAGAAAUAUAUAUAUAUGUACACAUUCGAUUAAAAGAUAAGCACGGGAAAAUCGAAACAAGCUAAAACAGCCGGAAAGAAAGUAAAAGUUACGACGGAAAAAAGUGUGUUAAUAACUGUGAUAUUACGUAAAGUUACAAAAAAAAAGCGAAAGACGUCGGCCCCGCAUAGAAAAAAGUAGGAAUAUUUUUCGUGUGUCCUCGCGUCCAAACGACACGGCAAGGUGUGUGACAGCUGGAAGAAAGUGGCACCCGAAGGCGAACGAAAACGUCGUUAGCACGCAGCACAACAUCCAUUUUCGUCCCAAGGCCAUUGAACCGUCAUAACCGUUGCCCUGGUGGCGGUGGUGGUGGGUCUAGGCAAGUGCCAAGAAGUGACAGCGAAGAAGAAGAAGCGCCUUCCGUUACAGGACCUGCGAACUGCGUCGAGGACAAAUCGCCACGAACGGGGCGUAGAUGGUAAUUGACAAUGGACUUCACACCGCUGCCAACAGAGCUGGAGGAGCUGAUACAGUGUAGCUGCUGUCAUCUGCCGUUCAACGAUACGGACGCCAUCCCGAAGUUGUUUUCCUGUAGGCACUAUUUCUGCCUGAAAUGCGUCAGCCAGGUGCUUAUGAAGGGCACUGAACUGUACUGCGUGCAUUGCUGGAAACGGACGGAGCUCAGCGGAUCGGAUAUGAAGCCGGAGAAUUUGCCGACACACAGUGCAAUACUUUAUCUGUCGCAAAAUUUGAGUAUGAUUUCAAGUGGUAGUGGCAAUAGUUCGGGAACGGGCAGUGCAACCGGCCCGGGUGUGUGUGGAACUAGCGGCAGUUGCAAUAAAAAGCCUCCCGACAAGAGUGGCACGAACGGGACUAGCGGGAUAGUGUCCGCAGGAACGGUCGGGUUGGGCAAUGGGAACGGAAGCUGUAGUGGAAGCGGAACGAAUGGAAGUUCAAGUACAAACGGUAGCCUCGGAAUAGGUAGUAAUAGUGCGAAUACGGGUGGCGCAAUCGGUUCCGGAAAGUAUAGAAAUAAGGGCGAAAACUGUAUGACACAUGCGAUGCCGAAUGCGCUUUGGUGUCUGAAGUGCAACAUAAUUUUGUGCCGGGCAUGUGCCAGCACGGAGGAACAUAGGAAUCACACCGUCAAGACGCAAGCCGAAGCUCGCGACCAGAUUCGAUCGGAUAUCGCCUCGGAUCUGCUGUUGAUGCAAAAGUCUCUCUCGGAGCUGCAGCAUUUCGUAUUUAAGCAGCGCGACUUUUUGCUCAAAAUCCUAGAAGCCUGUACGGCGCUGAAGACUCAGGUCGAAACGGAACUGAUCAACCAUCUGCCCACGUUCGAAGUGGCAGAAAUUCGAAGUAACCUUACGAAAGCGAAACUAUUCCUUAGCAUGCUCGAUCAGCAAUCGCCGGCGGAAGCGUACAAACUGUACGCAAAUUUGAAUAUCGAAAAACAACGUUUACAGUCGAAAUACCAGGAGAUGUACCUGCAGUGUAAGCUAGACGAUUUGAUACAACACUACGGAAUACUGUUUGACUUCGAACUGAUCAAGCAGGCUCUCUCGAAUUUAAACACGAUCGAUCCGAUCUCCUUCGGGAACGGAGCCAUCGGCGGCCUCGGAGUGUCCGCCGGAGGCACUACAAUCAACGGACAUCACAACUCGAUACUGUUGCUUGCCAACUAUUGCAUUUCGCAGCUGUACUCACGCCACAUUCUUACCUCAAAACAUCAUCACCAGCAGCAACAGUCGCAGCAUAUCGACCCUAGCCUGAACUAUGCAAUAUCAUCGCCCUCGCAGGCUACCUCGGCGGUUCCUCAUUCACCGAAUCACAGUGGGUUGCUUGGAGAACCGCCCGGUAUGUCGUCACAGUCGCAGCACUCGGGAAGCUACGCGAGUCAAUUGAACGAUAUGGCCAUCAUAAUUGCUCCGCCUUUGCAUCAACAGGGGAGCAGAACCGGUGCCGAUGGCAAUAGUUCGACGCGAACUUCCGGAUCCGGGUCGACAUAUCUGAGCGAAAUUCUGAAUGGCAGCGCUUUGCAGCACUUGCAUCAACAUUCCGGUUCUUCCCAACAUCAGCCGUUGACCCCACCCGGGCAUCCGCUGUCAUCGUCCUCUUCCAGCGUGGUAUCACUAGUUCCUUCUUCCGCCCAGCAGCAGGUCCAGAAGCAAGUGCAAGCGGCCGCUGUAGGUUCCUCGCUCAUCUGUAACCCAUCCGUACAUGUCUAUCCGAUCUUCUACUUCAACAUCGAAAUCAACGGUCAACCGUUCGGGCGGAUCCUGAUCGAAGUUCGAAGCGACGUGGCACCGAAAAUGGCGAAAAAUUUCGGCGCCCUGUGCAGCGGCGAUCUCGGCUUUGGCUACAAAGGUUGCAGCAUUUUCCAGUGCUGGGAGAACGAAAGCAUCAUCACCGGUGAUUUUGAGCUCAACAACGGUCGGGGCGGUCGGUCGGUGUUCGAGGAAGGUUUCUUCAUGCCGGACGACACCAAGAUACUGGCGAUCCGCGGUUCGGUCGGUAUGAGACGGAGUCAGAAGCGUCACGACAAUAUGGGUCUGGUCGGUUCGCAGUUCCGAAUCAUCCUGCGGGAGAUGCGCGGUUUCACCGGGAUUUUCGCGUUCGUUGUCGAGGGUUUGGAACUGGUGGAGAAGAUCAGCCAGGCAGGGGAUUCGGCCGGUAAGCCGCAGAGUAACGUGAUGAUCGUCAAUUGCGGUAAGUGGCAGUGAGGGUGGGUGGGAAUCGGUUAGGGCACUUGCCGUCGUCUGGUUUCCUCCUGCCAGAGCGGCAAAGGUGUUUUCUUUAUUUUUUGUUUCUAAUUUUAUUUGUUGAAGGCAUACAUGUAGGUAGAGACAGGCUGUUGUUAGUUUUGUAUACACUUGUUUCGGUAUUAGAGCUUUAGUUGUUAGGGCGUUAUGUUUUCUAGUACUAAAUAGUAGCCGAAUAGAGUAAGAAGGGCAAGGUGCGCGUUGGGCUGCUCGGUGAGGUGGACGGUGCCGGAUUGGAAUGUUUUAGAUUUCAUUUAACUUUUUGUAAGAAAUGUUUCUAUCGAGAAAACGGAACUUUUUAAGUAAUAAAAAUUGUUUCUGGGCAACAUUUUUGGAUUUUAAAAAUCAACAUCUUUGUAUCAUUUGAUAAUGGUGGACAUCAAAAAUCAUUGCUCCGGAAGACUUCUCAGUGACUACCACUGUCUAAAUCCAAAAUGUUCUACAAUGAUCUUCUUGCAAAGAGCCAGGGAGAUUGGGGUAAUUUUCAGUUUUGUGUAACUAUUAAGAAAAAAAAUGUAGUAAAUCAAUAAAAUAAAUAUUGGUGUAAUCAAAAGGUGUGUUCGUGGCAAAAAAAGAGAUUUGGUCAGUUUUGAAAAAUAGUACCAAUAAGCCCAAUAAGUUAGAGUAAGUUAGAAUGUUUGUAAGAUGUACAAUACAAAAUUUCGAAAAACUAAACCGCUUGAACUUGGGUGUAUUUAAUAUUUCUUUCCUUUUUUAUACCCAUUCCAGCCAGCGUUGGAUCAAGAUUAAUUCUUUUCAAGAGGCAAUUGUUAGGUUUUCAAAUACAUUCAAAAUUUGAAAACCAAAGAAUUCCAAAGUUUUAUAAGACUUUGUGCUUCUGGAUGUCGCCCUUUUUUCACAAACUCACAUGCUAAAAAAAUCUUGAAAAAAUAGUCAACGACCACAUGUUUAGCGCGCAGUGCACUUAGCUUUCUGAAAUUCAGACGAAAUCGUUUUAGAACUGGACAGCUGGUCGCCUAAAUUUAGAUAAUGGUGCGCCUGCCGAAGGGUUAGAGAAAUUUCUCCGAGAGCUCCAUUAAAAUCAGUAUGAUUUCAUUCUAUAAACUAAAAAAUUAAGUUGUACCAAAAUAGCACUGCUACCAGAAGUACGCUACACACACUAGACCGCCAGCAAUUUUUUUGGAACACUGUUAAAUCAAACGGUAAUUGGCUUUAAAUACCAUUUGUGAAAUAUAAGCUUUUUUCCUAAAACUCUAGUUCACUAACAAGAGUUUUCAUGUUUGUAAGUGAAAAUAUAUAAAAAAUUGGCAAUAGAAACAAUAAAUUCAGUAAAAAAAUGCCAGUAUUAUUUUGUGCAUCCCAGAAUCUGCAGAUAUAUAGCUUAAGGUGUAAGGAUCAACAUUGCCGAGGACUGCAAAUUGAUGCGAUUUUUCAGUAAAAAGAUAUUCUAAUAUAAAGUUAUGUGUUGCUUCUCUUUCUCGCACAUGCUUAGAAUAGGCAAUUCCAAAAAAUCGGUUGGUUUUCAAAGUUAAAUUACUUUGUCGGGGAACUUCCAAUCAACAUGCAUUCUAAAACAAAUAUAUUUGUUAUAAAAUAAGCUACGCGACCAUAAGUUUUGAUGUAUGUAGGGUUGCUGUGGAAUUUUUAAUUGGAUUUUAAGUUUUUAUUUCCGAGUUUCCAUAUAUAUUCCUAUAGAAUCUUGAAACCUCAUGUGGGUGAACUAGAGCUAUCAGAUAAAGCUCAUAUUUUGCAUAUGAUUUGUACAUCCAAUUACCGUUUGAAUUAGCAGUGUUCCGCAAAAAGUCAAAAUUGUUGCCGGUCUAAUACACACAUAAGAAAAUAUAUAUAGUGGUAAGCCUUAGAAAUUAUUUUGUAAUAGCACUAUUUAGCCAAAAAUACAAAAUAAUAGUUGCCCAAACUAAAGAAUCGAUCACUUCUUGAUUUUAGUUACUUCAUACUUUGAGUCUCCGAGUUCAAGACAUUUGAUAGUACUUCUGGAAACUCUCCAGGGUAGCAACUCGCGACUUCUGUUCUUCUAAGUGUUUUUCAAGCACACGCAUUGAGAUUGUAGUUGCACGUAUCAAUUAAGUGAGUGACGCUAGCUUCAAAAUCAGUAACAUAAGUUCCAAAAUCAGUAUCAGAAAGUUACUGAUAUUAAAAUGAAAAAAUGAUUUCGUAAAAUAGACUGAUUACGAACAUUUUAACCAAGCUCCUGGAAUCAUGAAUAAUAAACCUUGUAUUAAUGUUUUUCCACAAAACUAGUUUAUACCAAAAAAUACAUGGUGUUACACUCAAAUGUUUGGUAGGGUUUCUGGGGUUGUGUAGUGAAUAUUAUUAGUUUUUUAUUCUUUUUAUGACUUCCAAUAGAGGAAUUCCACGAAGAUCCGUCCGAAAAUCUUUAAAAUCGUGACCGACCAUCUUAGAUUCCAAUGAAACUUUACACGUUUCACCGUCAUGCAAGACUAAAUAUUUUCCACAGGUAAUAAGAUUAUUUUGACUCAAGAGCAACUUUUCAAAAGGGCGUAAACGUUUCUACGUGUAUGAAUUUCAAUUUUUUUUUGUUCGAUCACUGUAUUUUAUACAGCAAAACUAUCUGAGAACGAGUUAC